AUGCGCCGCGUCGUCGUGACAGGCCUCGGCGCCGUCACGCCGCUCGGGGUCGGCGCCCGCCGCACGUGGAACCGCCUCGUCGCCGGCGACUGCGGCAUCACCAGCGUAGCCGACCGCGCGCCCAAGGAGCGCUGGCAGGAGCUCACGAGCACCGUGGCCGGCGUCGUGCCGCGCGGCCGCCUCGCCGACGGCGGCUGGCAUGCUGACGACUGGCUCACCGCCGCCGAGCAGCGCCGCAUGUCGCUCUUCACCCAGUACGCCAUGGCCGCCACGCACAUGGCGCUCCAGGACGCCGGGUGGGACGCCGUCGCCGCGGAGGACAAGGAGGACACGGGUGUCUGCCUGGGGAGCGGCAUCGGCAAUCUCGACGACAUGUACACGACGAGCGUGGAGCAUCACAAAGGGGUGUCGCCGCUGUUUGUCCCCAAGAUCCUCACCAACAUGGCCGCCGGCCACAUCGCCAUCAAGUACGGCUUCCAGGGCCCCAACCACGCGGCCACGACGGCCUGCACCACGGGCGCGCACUCCCUCGGCGACGCGGCGCGCUUCAUCGCCUUUGGCGACGCGCGCGUCAUGGUCGCCGGCGGCGCCGAGUCCUGCAUCCACCCGCUGACGUUUGCGGGCUUUGGCCGCGCCCGCUCCCUCGCCACCGCCUACAACGACCGGCCGGGCGCCAGCUGCCGGCCCUUUGACGCCGGGCGCGACGGCUUCGUCGUCGCCGAGGGCGCCGCCGUGUGCGUCCUCGAGGAGCUCGGCCACGCGCGGGCCCGCGGCGCCCGCAUCUACGCCGAGGUCAGGGGCUACGGCUGCAGCGGCGACGCGCACCACAUGACGGCGCCGCGCGCCGACGGCCAGGGCGCCUUCCUGGCCAUGAAGAGGGCCCUGCGCGCCGCCCGCCUCCGGCCCGCCGAGGUCGGCUACAUCAACGCCCACGCCACCGGCACAGAGGUCGGCGACGUCGCCGAGACAAUGGCCAUUCGACGGCUCAUGCUGGGCGAAGAGGGCCUGUCGUCCGAGGGGCAGGUCACCGUCAGCAGCACAAAGGGCGCCGUGGGACACUUGCUCGGCGCUGCUGGUGCCUUGGAAGCCAUGUUUGCGAUACUGGCCAUCCACGAGGGCGUUGUGCCGGCCACGCUGAACUUGGAGUCGCCCAAUGUCGGUGCAAACUUUGACUUUGUCCCGCAAAAGGCCAAGGACAAGGCUAUUAGCGUGGCCAUGAGCAACAGUUUUGGCUUUGGCGGCACCAACAGCUCGCUGGUCUUUGCAAAAUGUUGA